AUGUUCUUUUGCAAGAGAGAAUGUAAACCAGAGGACAUCCUCAUUAAAACAACUGGUGUCAGAGAUCAGAGAGGCAGAUACAGCAUCACAUAUGAAGGAGGGGAAAAUGUUGUCGUGAGCAUCACACAGCUGACCAAGUCUGACUCAGGACUGUACAGAUGUGGUCUGGGUGGAUCAAACAUUACAUUUGAAAUCAUUGUUGUAGAUGCUCUGCAGGAUGGAAACACUGGUCUCACCAAUGCCCAGAUCCCAUCUGUCCAUACAGGAACUGAAGGAGGAGAUGUCGAAUUGGAUGCUCCUUUACUGUCUCUGGAAGGGGGGAAGUACUUCUGCAAGGAAGAAUGUGAAGAUAAAGACAUUCUUGUUGAAACAACUGGUUACACAGCUGAGAGAGGCAGAUACAGCAUCAGAUAUACACAACGAUCUCUGACAGAUGUAUCUGUGUAUGUGAGCAUCACACAGCUGACAGAGUCUGACUCAGGACGGUACAGGUGUGGUCUGGAAAGACGUUUAUCACCAGAUUCCUACCGGGGGUUUGAGAUCAUUGUCACAGAUGGUUGGGCCUCCACCUCCACGCUGCUGUAUGCUGUUCUGAUUCCUGUCAUCAUCGUCAUCCUCUCAGGGCUGACACUGAUGAAAAUCUGUAUUCAGAGGAACACCAAACCUAAAGGUUUGCAGACCAGAGGAAAUUCAGAUGGCACAAACAUGGAGAUCGCCCUCUAUGAGAACUGUCCUCCAGUUUCUACAUCUGAAUCCACCUACGAGAGCCUCGAUCCAGCCAAUAGGGAUCAGAACCAGACCUACUCUACACUCACACACACACACAACACAAAUGAUGCUGUUUGUGUCUCACUGAGCACUGCAACUCUGCCAUAAACUCAGGUAUUCCGGUAGAUUAACGCUUUCUCACCAAGAAGCAGUCCACAUGAUCUUUAGCAGGUUUUAAUAGGAAAAAAGCACUUAGACCUACACGUUAGUGUUCCAUUACAGUUUGGAUUCAGACCAGAACUUAAAAAAUUAGACCUUCCCCGACUGUCUUGGUUUCACUAUAACAGCCUGUGGACAGAUGUAAAGGGCUCAGGAUUGCUUUUCUGGCUAAAUCCAAAGGAUGAGAUGUUUAUACGCUCCCGGUGCCUUCUUUUCUGCUCCCCUACAGAAACAAAUGUGUGAAACAUUAGUUUAGAAAUAGAUGAUGAAGUGUGAGCAGCCAGCACCAGGCCAAUGUUAUAUAUA